CAGAGAACACCACCGCAUACAACACAGCAGAAUAAAAAUACAUGGCAGACACGGGCAGCGUGAAGGAAUCGUCGAUCUCAGUCGCCGUGAGGGUCCGGCCACUGACGCCAGACGAGAAGGUGCACCUCCAGGAGGAGGAGGAAGAGGAACAACAGUACAAUGCUACAGCCGCUGACAACAGCUACGAGGCAAAUAAUAGUAGUAGCAGUGGAAUCGCAAACAAAGAAAACCUUUUUCUGCGAAAACAGAGGAUCCGUCCACUUCCAAAACCGCAUGCAAUCAGGAAGAUUUUGGACGUUGUGGACGACAGGAUGUUGGUGUUCGACCCUAAGCCAGCGGUGGAGGACGAAUUCGAAGCAGGGGAAAGUCAUGGCCAUGCAUAUGGGAUUGGAAGACGCCGCAGCGUCUCUGGGAGAGGCCUCGGCAACCACAAUAGUCGGCACAAGGAGCACAAAUUUAUUUUCGAUAAGUUGUUCGACGAAACAUCGACCCAGAACGACAUCUACGAAAAUACUACUAAGCCCUCAAUUGAGGCCGUGCUGGACGGGUACAAUUCCACGGUGUUUGCAUACGGCGCCACUGGAUGUGGAAAAACCUACACUAUUUCCGGAACUAGAGAUAACCCGGGGAUCAUAUUCUUGGCAGUGCAGGAGCUCUUUUCCAAGAUCGAGGAUCAGACCGAAAAGGAGAUAGAGGUACAGGUCAGUUACUUGGAGAUAUACAACGAAACCAUCAGAGACUUAUUGAACAUCGAAACAAGUCCGCGGAAGUUGACGCUAUUGGAAAACGAAAAUAAGGAGAUUAUUGUGUCUAACCUUACUAAGGUCGACGCCUCGAACGUAGAGGAAGUGAUGGAUGUGAUUGUGCGGGGAAACUUCAACAGAGCGGUCUCCGCAACAGAAGCGAAUCUCACCUCGUCGAGGUCUCAUGCCGUCAUACAGGUUUAUAUCACCCAAACUCCACACGUCACAGACAUUUACGAGAAAAGCACUAAGUCGGUCUUAUCUAUAAUAGAUCUUGCCGGCUGUGAGCGUGCAAGUGCCACAAAAAACAAGGGAGCCAGAUUGCAUGAAGGCGCAAAUAUCAAUAAGUCCCUUUUGGCACUAGGCAAUUGCAUAAAUGCACUAUGUGAUCUGAAACGGUCAAAGCACAUUCCGUACCGAGAUUCCAAGCUAACCAGGCUUUUAAAAUUUUCCUUGGGCGGCAAUUGCAAAACAGUCAUGAUAGUUUGUGUCUCCCCGAGCUCCAGACAUUACGACGAAACCUUGAAUGCUCUAAAAUUUGCAAACAGAGCAAAGGAGAUAAAGACGAAAGUGGUGAGAAAUAGAACAACCGUCAUGAAACAUGUCGGGUCUUACAUGAAAAUAAUCGCCGAUCAAAAACGGAAAAUAUACGAAUUAGAGACACUAAUGGAUUCAACUGUGAAGAGAGAAAUCUUGAAGUACGCAGAACAGAGAAGCAAUGUCAAAACUCAAAUGGGUAUUAUGAUUGAUAGGCUUUGGAAUAACGUCAGCAAAUGCGAACAGUUGAAAUCAAACAAAAUAUAUAUUGUGGCCAGGAGGAAGAUGCUUCUGAUAUACACUAAGCAACUGAUUGAUUUUUGCGGAAGCUUGGAAAAAUUUGAUAUCGAAAAUAAGACCGUUGUUUUGAGGCAAAGUUUGGGAAAAAUUGUUAGUGAUAUCAAAUCCCAGAUAGCUUUGAUGGAGGAAGAAUAUAAUCAAAGGACCGAAUUGGACAUUGUCUUGCUGGAUACCUCUGAUUCUUUCCUUGGUAAACUAAGGGAGUUGGAAAGUUGGUGUGAUGAAGACGAGGUAUCUUAUGCAAAAGAAGUCGAAUACUUGAAAACAGACAUCGAAAAGCAGAUUUUCUACGAAUCCUCCGUUUUGUUCGACUCUUGGCUUUCUGAGACAAGUGGAGUAAGCAGUUUGGAUUCGAUACCUAGUAUUCUGGCUCAAUUCCUAUGUAUGAUCGAGAACAUAGCAAAUAAUAUACAGAACGUGGAAGACGCCAGGAUGCAAUGCUAUCAGCUAUCGGAUAGCUUGAUACAAAACUGUAUGCAACAAUUGGGACCCGAAAUUGACACAUAUCCACCUGACACCACACACUCAAAUAACAGGAAACGCAAGAACAGCGGCAACAACGGUAUUGCCAAGACGGAUGAAUCGGGCGAAUUGUCUUUCAUUAGACAGGGAAACAGAAUAAAUUCAAUAAAUAACAAAUUGAUGAGGAUCAAUUUGAAUUCAGUGAAAGACGAUUCAAAAAACGCCAACAUUGACUCACUAUCAGAGGUUGAAUCUUCACUAAUUUUAGAAAAUGAUAAUAAGCCUUCAAGAAUCUCGUCCAGAGUUCGCUCAUCCUCUCAUUCAUUACUAUUACAGUCCGAAUCGACUCCACAAAAGACGGGAAUCGUAGACGACUUAUCUGGCUACAUCUCUCCUGGAGUGAUACGGAAGAUUGAAAACAAUACUGAUGAUAGCCAGCAGAAGACCACCACGAUUGAUAUCCAGUCUACAAUUCCUGAAUGGGAUGAGUCUAAUUCGAGUGUGAUAAUUAGAAAGGGCUUCGACAUCGAUGAGGAAAACAUCAACCCGGAGAACAAGGACAAUAUGCUAAUACCACAUAUGCUGGGUUCGCCGUUUAGGUUUAUGACGGGGAUCAGCAAGGAGGCAACUUCUCCAUCUCCCUCACACGUGAGAAAACACAGAAACCACAGCGGGAAGUUGACAACCAAAAAGUUGGUUGCUUCGCCUAGGAUAACCAGUCCUCAUAGACUGGUAGGGUUAGACUCCAGUAGCAGUAACAUGUUUCAGUUCAAGAUCAGGGAAUCCAUGGGGAAUAUCAAGCACGGCGAAGAUGCAGGGAACCCGAAUUAUGAUAGAGACAAUGACAUUGGCAUGGAUGUAGAGGUGGUGAAGAAUUAAAGAGAAAACUUUGGGUAACGCAAUCUCUUUUUGUAAAUGUAGCGUGUAUUAUGUAGUUAUGUAGUUGCUUGUAAGGCUUUAUGAGUACAAAAAUGGGAGAACCGGUCUUGUGCGAAAAAUAUGGACCUAACACCGGGCCAUUAUAAUUCUUCAGACACUGAGUACAUACUAGUAACAGGUUUCAUAACGUUUUCCCU